ACAAACAUGUCGCUGAUUAAAAAUUUAGUUAAAGAAACGGAAAACAAGCCCCGUAAGAAGAAAAAGAAUGCGGGCUCCGACGACAGCGAUUCUGGGGAAAAAGACAAGCCAUUGGGGCCAUUCAUUAAAACGGCUACGGAUCUACAAAGAUUGAAGCUGGAAAAACUUAUGAAAAAUCCUGAAAAGCCAGUUAUUAUACCAGAGCAGCGCCGAGAUCGUGACUACAUGUCCUCGGUGCCCACAUUUGUGCGCAAUGUGAUGGGCAGCAGCGCUGGUGCGGGUUCCGGCGAAUUUCAUGUCUAUCGCCAUCUGCGACGCAAGGAAUAUGCACGCCAAAAGAAUAUACAAAACCAAAGCCUACGCGAAGCUGCUGACGAUGCGUAUCAACAGAAAUUGGAUAAUAAUAAACGAGCUGCUGAGGAGCGCACGGCGAAAAAACGCGCAAAGCGCCUGAAGAAAAAGCAACGGGCAAAACGUCCACGCGAACAAAAACCAAACGAAGACCAAAAGCCAGAGAGUGAGUCCAGUGGAAGUGCCUCAGAAGCUGAAGAUGAGGUGGGUACUGCAGCUGAGGAGUUGCCGUCAGAAGACAGAGAAGUGGCGAGCGCUACACAAGCAACAGAAGACGUGGUUGCUGAGCCUGCGGAUGCGCCAGUUGUAAAACCCAAUGCAGAAAUGGAAACUGCUCCUAAAGGGCAAGAAAUGGAAACAGUUGCGAUUGCAGCUCCUGAAACGCAAGAAAUAGAAACAGUUGCAACUGCUGCUCCUAAACCGCAGGCUGCAGCAGAAACUGAAGCAUCCCAGCCAGAGAAUUGACAUAAUUUAAUUAUUUUGUAUGCAUAUAUAAACAAAUAUAGCGUAUGGUUUAUAAGUGAAACAAAUUUGUGGAUUUAUUCAUGUUAUGUAUGUAUAUAUAUAUCAAUAUAUAUUAACCAGCGAUAAAACUGCCAUUAAAGUAGUAAUUGGCUAAUUAUCGAUUGCAUGUGUGGUUUAUCGUGAUAAUAGGCCAACAUUUAAAGCAGCUUUGGUGAUAAGAGAAGCGUUUCAAUUUUUUGUAUUUUUGUUCAAUUUUAAUUCCCAUAACUUAUGCUAAAAAAUAAGUGCUUCAAAUACGAGAGUAGCCUAUAAUCGACUGGUUCGACUAUGCAAUACCCUGUACCCAGUUCCGACAACAAA